UAGGCAUGCAGACUGCUUCUACAAACAUUUGUGAAAGAAUGGGUCCAUGGUCAACAGUUAGUGGUCUUAUAGCAAAUUGAAAGCGAAUGCUGAAGCGCACAGUGCACAGAAGUCGACAACUGUCUGCAAACUCCAUAGCUAAAGACCUCCAAACGUCAUGUGACCUUCAGAUUAGCACAACAGUGCGUAUGGAAUGCCACCAAAAAUCGGAAAUAAUCAUACCGCCAGGAAGGUUAAAGCACGCCGCCACUGGACACUGGAGUGACAAAUCACGCUUCUCUGUCUGUCAAUCCGAUGGACAUAUCUGGAUUUGGCGCUUACCAGGAGACAUGUACUUGCCUGACUACAUUUUGCCAAGUGUA